GGAAAUUCCCAUUUGAGCUUUAGUUCAAAUCAUUAUUUAUACAUCUGAUUUUCUAUUGAUUUCUUUUUACAUAAAGCACAUUGAGUCAAUACGUAUACACAUACAUCUUAAAAUCAUCUGCAACGUUGACGAUGAUUCAUAGUCGAAUAGAAAUAAUUUAUUGUACUUUUAGUUGAAUAUUGUUCAUGUUAAUUUUAGCUCAUCGCAGGAGAUGCAGCCAUGUGAGAUGUUUGAAAUUUACGCCUCACAGACCACUUUUGGCUUUUAAAAUACCUUUUUUGUUCUUUUUUGGCGACAUUUUCAUUCAAGGGAUAGUUUCUGAUGUUCUUUUUAUGAAGUACGAGAAGGUUUAGUAAUUGAAGCACUUGUCUUUGGUUCAAAAAGUACGAAACGUAUGUUAGUUUUAAUUAUCAAAGGAAAUCUGAACAUGGGAUUUGGGAAACUAAAUUUAGAUUUUUUAUGAAAAGAGUGGUCCUCUUACGUUUUGUUAAAGACUGUUAUAUCAAAGUACUUAAUGCCGAGGAUUUAUUUCCGGGGUCUGUUUUUUAUUACAAGGGACAUACACUGUACGCAGCAAGUGGAACGGAUGUCAAAGACAUUUCAAGCCUGAUGCUGUAGUACAGAGAUAGUGUCGAACAGCGGCCGUUCACUUUGAAUCGGACUCAAAUGAAAUUUUAAAAAUGUGAUAGUAUAUAAGAAACCUCAUUCCUGCUUCAGACCAUUUUGUUUUUCACUUCUCGUCGCGCUCAAACGGCGUCUCAUCAGAAACCUCUACAGCAAGAUGAAAUGCGCUCUGCUCUUGGUAACAUCCGCUUCACUGAUUUUCUCCCAGCAACCGCAAUCGGAUCAAUACGCAAAAGCCAGCAGAUUACUUUGGACGUCACCUUAUUACUCGCCACUGCCCGUUUCCCAAAACCACAACUAUAACCAAGGCGUCAACCACAAAAAUAAGGGAGAUAAUGACCAGCAGAGUUCCUAUUAUUUUACGCCCAAUAAGGCCAUCUCCAGCAUGCCUACUCAAUCACAGGUUUACUGUGGCGAUUCUCCUACUUCUGAUUUGUUUGAUCUCGCAUAUCACUUGCUGAAAAAUCUAUUUAAACAAACAAAAUGUGAAUACAAAAACGAAGAAGAAUUGCUGGAAUUUCGGCGAAAUUAUGAUUCAGAGUUCCGCUUCUUUGGAUUGAAAGCGAAUGCGCUUUUUGGAUUGCUGUCAGCUGUGAGAGGACCACCGGGACCACCCGGCCCACCCGGCCCACCAGGUCCUACUGGUUCAACAGGUGAUUCUACAUCCACAAGUGCUUGCACAACUUGCCCACCUGGUCCGACUGGCCCAAGUGGUGCGGACGGUCCUACCGGCGCGUCAGGUGUAGACGGUGUUAACGGUGCAAACGGUGCUGAUGGCAUUCCUGGAUCAGAUGGUGUACCCGGUGUGCCCGGUGUACCCGGUGCAGACGGUGCAGAUGGCGCGUCAGGAUUAGAUGGUGUACCAGGUGUAAACGGUGCGGACGGACCUCCAGGACUAGACGGCUUGAAUGGUGCAGCAGGAGAACCUGGUUUACCUGGAGAACCCGGUAUACCCGGGACAAAUGGUACAGACGGUUCGUCUAGUUCUAGCAGCUGUAGCUGCCCUCCUGGUCCUCCCGGCCCCCCUGGCCCACCUGGAGCGGCAUCAGUAAUUCGUCGCCGUCCUCGACUCAUCAAUCACAAGGGCCAAGAAAAGGAAGGAAAAGGUGAGACCAUAAACGAUCCUCAGACGAAAAGAAUAAGCUAAGCCAUUUCCGACUAUCAUGCAUGAUUGACUGUUAAGAUUUGUAUUUGGUAACAAACUCCAUUU